AUGAGCUACAGCAGGGACCUGUUGGCUAGAGCCAAGAUAGUGGAUGCCGGCUAUGCCACUAGUAACACGGCAGCCGAGUGUGAUGAGCAGCUGGGGACAGCAAGGUGGGGCCAUGGGAAGAAGGCCCAGUGGAAGAAGACGUCACCUGACAGGAGGACCGUGAAGGAGACAGUGCAGGAAGAAGCCCAGCUGCAGAGUAGGGGCUACCCAGUUUAUUGCUAUGAGUGCAGCAUGUAUGAUUAUCUGCCUUGCACCUUGAGCAUUCCUGAGCCUGAUCGACGCAUCGACCACCUCAUUGCAGCUUUCAACCUCACCCCCUCUGACCCUUCAACAUUCAUCCUCAUGGGCAUCCCUGGCCUGGAAGCUGCCCACAUCUGGAUUUCAAUCCUUUUCUCUACGUCCUACAUUAUCAGCCUAUUGGGAAAUUUCAUAGUUCUGUUUGUUGUAGGAAAAGAGCAGACCCUGCACAAGCCAAUGUACUUGCUGCUCUGCAUACUGGCGGUCACAGACAUCAGCACAUCUACCUCCAUUGUGCUGAAGGCACUGUGUAUAUUUUGGUUCAAACUGGAAAUUAUUAGUGUGAGUGGCUGCCUCACCCAGAUGUUCUUCUUUCACACGGGCACUGUGAUGCACUCAGCCAUCCUCGCGACAAUGGCCUUUGACAGCUACGUUGCCAUACAUAACCCUCUGAGAUACGCCACCAUCCUCACCAAUGCACGAAUAGCUAAGCUUGGGCUUGUGGGUUUGAUAAGAGCCAUUUUCUUCGUUCUGCCCCUGCCCCUGCUCCUGAUCAGGCAGCCAUUCUGUGCCAAUCGUAUUAUCCCCCACACAUACUGCGACCAUAUGGCUGUGGCAAAGAUGUCGUGUGGGGACAUCACAUUCAACAGGAUGUAUGGCUUGGUGAUACCAUUUGUAGUCAAUGGGUCAGACCUGACACUCAUUGCCCUCUUCUAUGGUCUGAUCAUCAGGGCUGUCCUCAGAAUCUCCUCCAAGAAAGUCCACCAGAAAACCCUCAACACCUGCACAGCCCAUAUCUGUGUGAUGCUGAUGUCUUAUCCUCCCUUCUUUUUCUCCACUAUGACACACCGGUUCGGACAGGGUAUCACUCCCCACAUUCACAUCAUCUUGGCCAACCUCUAUUUCCUCCUUCCCACCAUGCUCAACGCUAUCAUUUAUGGGGCCAAAACCAAAGAGCUUUGGGAGAAAGUGGGCAAAUACACUUGCAGAAUGUGGUCGCUUGGUGGCCACUGA